CCUAGCAUUGAGUGAAUGUUGGUGCAACUUGGAGUAGGGGAAGCCAUUGAGUUCUUUCUAUAUAAACUCGACGGAACUCAUCAAGAAACUAUACCAUUUCCCGAAAAGGAAACCAAAAUGUUUCACUCCCUAUUUGUCAUUGUCCUCCUCUUCUCUCUUUCCAAUGCAGCCGUCCAAGACUUCUGCGUUGCUGAUCUAAAAGGUCCACAAGGGCCAGCAGGCUACGCCUGCAAGAGCGCCGUGACUGCAGAUGACUUUGUGUACUCAGGCCUACGCAGUGCUGGAAACAUAACAAGUAUAAUCAAAGCUGCAGUCACCCCAGCGUUUGUGGAACAGUAUCCAGGCGUGAAUGGCAUCGGUCUCUCGGCUGCUCGGUUAGACUUGCUCCCAGGUGGUGUUAUACCACUCCACACACACCCAGGAGCUUCAGAAUUGCUGCUUGUCACGCAGGGUAUCAUUCAGGCCGGUUUUAUCUCUUCCGCUAAUGCUGUCUUCGUGAAGACUCUUAAAAAGGGAGAUCUUAUGAUAUUCCCACAAGGGUUGCUACAUUUUCAGAUUAAUGCUGGUGGUGUGACUGCCGUUGGUUAUCCUAUAUUUAGCAGCUCAAGCCCUGGUCUCCAAAUCACUGACUAUGCUCUGUUUGCCAACGACUUGAGUACUGACUUGGUGUCGAAGACCACUUUCCUCGACCCCGUUCUGGUGAAAAAGUUCAAAGCUAUUCUUGGCGGGAGUGGUUAGAAUUGGCCAAAGGAUGUGUUUGCUUCAGCAUCCUGCAUUUCCAAGUAACAAAUUUGAUUGAUGUUCUUUCCCAUUGCUAUUUGUAUGUUAAUGUCAUUUAAAUUAGUUGAUUUCAAGUG